ACAUUUUCCGAUAUGAAGACCGAUUUCCAAUUCUCCAACCUACUGGGAACCGUAUACAGCAGAGGAAACCUUUUGUUCACACCAGAUGGCACAUGCCUGCUGUCCCCAGUAGGCAAUAGAGUGUCUGUUUUUGACCUCGUCAACUCGAAAUCCUACACCCUUCCCUUCGCACACCGACGCAACAUUGCGCGAUUAGCAUUGAACCCCAAAGGAAACCUGCUUCUUUCCAUCGACGAAGAUGGUCGCGCCAUCCUCACCAACAUUCCCCGCCGCAUCGUUCUUUACCACUUUUCGCUCCGUGGCGAGGUAAACGCUCUUGCAUUCGCUCCUUCCGGUCGUCAUUUCGCAGUGGCCACGGGCCGUCAAAUUGAGGUAUGGCACACACCAUCCACGCCAGACGUCGCCGAUGGAGACCUCGAAUUCGCGCCGUUUGUGCUGCACCGACUUUACCUUGGCCACUUUGAUACUGUUCGGAGCAUAGAAUGGUCAGCAGAUUCUAGAUUCUUCCUCAGUUCAUCCAAAGACAUGACCUCGCGGAUAUGGAGUUUGGAUGCCGAAGAAGGCUUUGCGCAAACCACAUUGUCAGGCCACAGGCAAGCAGUGGUGGGCGCUUGGUUCUCCCAAGACCAGGAAACCAUCUACACAGUCAGCAAGGAUGGAGCACUCUUCGUUUGGAGAUACAUGCUUCGUUACGACGCGCCCGAGGACGCCGAAGAAACAGACGAGAAUAUGCAGUGGGGUAUUUCGGAACGUCACUUCUUCAUGCAGAAUAAUGCCCAUGUUACAUGUGCCAGCUUCCACCCUGAGACCAAAUUGCUCGUCACUGGUUUUUCACAUGGCAUUUUCUUCAUACAUGAGCUCCCCGGAUUCAGCCAGAUUCAGAACUUGAGUAUAUCGCAAAAUAACAUUGACUUCGUAGCCAUCAACAAAACCGGCGAGUGGCUAGCGUUCGGAGCUUCAAAAUUGGGGCAACUGCUAGUGUGGGAAUGGCAGUCAGAGUCUUACAUUUUGAAACAGCAGGGUCACUUUGACGCUAUGAACACAAUCGCUUACUCGCCCGAAGGGCAGCGCAUAAUAACUGCCGCGGAUGAUGGCAAAAUCAAGGUCUGGGACGUCAACUCGGGAUUUUGCGUCGUGACAUUCACUGAGCACCUGGGAGCUGUCACAGCAAGUGAAUUUGCCAAACGUGGAAACGUAUUAUACACCGCAAGCUUGGAUGGGUCAGUAAGAGCAUGGGAUCUCAUUCGAUAUCGUAACUUCCGCACUUUCACCGCACCGUCACGACUGCAGUUCACUUCAUUGGCGAUUGAUCCUAGUGGCGAAGUUGUUUGCGCUGGAUCACUCGAUUCUUUCGAUAUCCACAUUUGGUCUGUCCAGACCGGGCAACUACUAGAUCGGUUGACAGGGCACGAAGGACCAGUGAUGUCACUAGCAUUUUCACCCGAUGGCAGCACAUUAGUGAGUGGCAGCUGGGAUCGUACAGUUCGCCUCUGGAACAUAUUUGCGCGCACACAAACGAGCGAGCCGUUGCAACUCAUGUCAGAUGUUGUAUGCGUCGCAGUCCGCCCUGACUCGCAACAAAUCGCCGUUACAACACUAGACGGCCAAUUGACCUUUUGGUCUGUAUCGGAGGCCAGUCAGCAAAACGGCAUUGAUGGACGUCGUGAUGUGUCGGGUGGACGAAAGAUGACAGAUCGACGAACAGCUGCCAACGUAGCUGGAACCAAAAGUUUUGAUACGGUGAAGUAUAGCGCAGACGGCACAUGUGUUCUUGCUGGAGUUCACCGUCUCUGUGAACCUCGCUCUGGACGGGACGCAAGAGUUUCUAAACAGUAGACUUCUCACU